GGUUAACUUUGGUUGUGAAAUUGAACUUACUUUUUAUUAUUUUCGACCGCUUGUUGUAUGGAAAAAUGUCGAAUUACCCAGAUUUUGGUAAAAUCGGUAAAGACUCAUCGAGGGCGGCGUGUAAAAAGUGUGGUUAUGCUGGCCACUUAACUUUUCAGUGUAGAAACUUUAUUAAAGUAGACCCAAACAAAGAGAUAGUCCUAGACGUAAGCAGCACAAGUAGUGACAGUGAGCAAGACUAUGCCACUCCGCUGCAAAGCCUCCGUGAGAUAGAGUUACGUAAGAAACUGGAAGAGAAGCUAAAGAGAGCUCGGGAGAAGAAGAGCAAGAAGAGUAAAAAGAAAAGAUCUAGAUCAUCAAGUUCAUCAGCGUCAAGUAGCUCAUCAUCAUCAUCAUCAAAUUCAGAGAGCAGUGACUCUGAAGAAGAAAAGAGGAAAAAGAAAAAGAAGAAAUCCAAAAAGAGCAAAUCUAAGAAGUCACAUAAAGAAAAGAAGAAGAGUAGGAAAUGAUAUUACUUUUUAAUGUGUAGUAUAAUGAAAUUAUG